GUUUGCAUACGCUGCGUAUUGGUCAAUACGCAGCGUAUAGGGUUACCUAAAUACGCUGCGUAUUGGUCAAUACGCAGCGUAUAUAAGUGGUAGGUGGACGACCAGACAGUCAAACCUAGUACCAUGUCAAAUCAGUCUUACAUAGGGUGCGUAUUGAUCAAUACGCUGCGUAUUGGCAGACUGAUUUGACCUGAUACGAUGUUGUCCAGGGCACGUGAAUAAAGUAAUACGGUGAGUAGGGAUCAAUACGCUGCGUAUUGACAUGCCAGAUGAAAGUCUAUUUAUCCCUCCAUUCAUGUCUGUUACCCAUCAUCCGACAUAUACUUUGCUUUCCUUUUCAUAUACUUUGCUUUCCUUUUCAUCUUCUUCUUAAGUAAAUUGUUUGUUUUGGGUUCAACCUUGUUAAAAUGUCAUCAUUUUGGAAGGAUAAUUAUUUCGGUAAUCGCUAUUCUAACGACACAUGGGGAUCAAAUGCUGCCAAUGAGGAGGAGGAGGUUGUGUCUGGAGUCCCUGUUGAUCAAGAAACACAGUUGCCAGACUUGAACAAGACUCCCACUCCACCUGUUGAUGAACCAAAUUACCCGGUGCAUCAAGUGUGUCCAGAUUACGGAUACGGGUAUGAAUCUCCGUACGUGCAACAAAGUGGAUACGGUGCUGAGAAUGCACCUGUUGAUGAACCAAAUUAUCCGGUGCAUCAAGUGUGUCAAGAUUACGGAUACGGGUAUGAAUCUCUGUACGUGCAACAAAGUGGAUACGGUGCUGAGAAUGCACCUGUUGAUGAACCAUAUUACCCGUCGCAGCCAUCGUAUCCGGGUUAUGGGGUAUACGGGGACGAAGGUGGAUACGGAAGUUACAGUGGAUACGGUGGUGAUGGUGGAUACGGGGGUGAAGGUGGUUACAGUGGAUAUGGGGGCUACGGUGGAUACGAUAGAUAUGGGGGUGACGGUGGUUACAGUGUAUACGACAGAUCUAGGGAUGAAGUUGGAUAUGGUUAUGAGUCCCGUAACACAUCACUUUAUGAACCAUCUACCCCGAGCAAUCCAUUUCAAGUAAAUGAGCGUUUCAUGUCUCUAACUGAUUUGAAGAAUUGGGUACAAGAAACGGGAAAGGAUAAUGGUUACGUAAUUGUUACCCGCCGAUCAAAAAAUAUUGGCGGUACUACUGGGAUGGUAUGGCUUGUGUGCGACCGUAGUGGUGAACACCGUAGUAAAGCAACAGUUAGGAAAGCUGGUAGCAAAAAAAUCGGCUGCCCGUUUUCAUUACUCGCCAUCCGGGACGUGACGAACGACACGUGGGAGUUAAAAGUGGACUGUGCGAACCAUAACCACGAACCUACGACGAGUCUGUUGGGCCACGCUUUUGUGCGAAGAUUCACUAAAGCCGAAUACAAGCUAGUGGAGCAGCUAACUGCUCAAAACAUGGAGCCACGUAUCAUAUUUCAAACCCUAAGAAAGCAGUUCCCCGACAGCCUGCACGUUCAGAAAGACGUGCAAAAUGCGGUACAAAAAAUUAGAGCGACAAUAAUGGACGGAAAGAAUCCUAUUCAGGCACUGGAAAGCCUGCUGCAUGACCGCCGAUUCAUUUACGACACCCGACAAGAUCCCAAAACAGAUGUCGUAACAGAGAUUUUCUUUGUUCAUCCUUAUUCAAUCACUAUGUGGCGUGCAUUCCCGCACGUGAUGUUGAUCGACGCGACCUACAAAACAAACCUCUACAACAUGCCAUUUGUCCAGGUUGUGGGUAUGACGUCGACUGGGAAGUCUUUUUGUAUCGCACAUGCCGUUAUUUGUAAAGAACGAAGGGGUAACUACGUGUGGGUGCUUGAGCGGAUCAAGUCAAUAUUGCAUGAAUGUAUGAUGCCGCGUGUGAUAGUCACGGAUAGGGAGCUUGCCCUGAUAAACGCGUGUUCUAAAGUAUUCCCGAACGCAAAAAGGCUUCUAUGCCACUUUCACAUCCAACAAAAUAUAGCUAGAAAGUGCAAGGAAGGGUUCGAUAAAGAAGAUUGGGGGAAAUUUAUGUCGUACUGGCGGACAUUGUGCGAAUCUUCAUCAGAGCCCAUGUACAAGUACAACUUGGAGAAAAUGUAUAACCGACUCGUGGUUGCCAACCGAGAAAGUGUCUAUGAUUACGUCUACGAAAACUGGCUCAAAGACUAUAAAGAAAUGUUCGUUUAUGCGUGGACCGAUAAGUGUCGCAACUUUGGUCAGCGCACCACCAACAGAGUUGAGAGCCAGCACGCAAAUUUAAAAAGAUACAUUACGCGCGGGAGUUCAUUGGAGCGAAUAGCAAGAUGCAUCAUUGAUAUAGUUGAAACUCAGUAUGAUGAAAUACAAAAAAGUUUCACUGAGAGCAUCGAAAAAACGAUGAACCACCAUAGACACUGA